CGGAGAAGUUGCCAAAGGGAUCGUGUUUGUUUUUGUGAAGUGAGAGUGAUUCGCGAGAUCAAAGUGCGAAAUUUUUGUUUUCCCGCCGAUGCGGGGAGCGCAAUGUUUUGUCGGACAUCUCGUAAGUGCCCAUUGAAGUGCUGAAGCUACACGAGAAGCCGUCAAAGUGGCGAGAAAUGAUCGGAGAGGCGCAAAAGUGCUCGCCUUUGGUCACCAUGGUGGGCACAAGACCUUGCAGACCUUUGACACCGUGUCAAGCUCUGCGUUAGAAGGAGGUUUCUUCUGAGAGGGGCCCUGGGCCGUAGCUAAGGCAGGGGCCGGACACCACCGGUGGCCCAUGCUGGCUGCUCCCGGGGCCGCCGCUGCUGUCCAAGCGGCCCUUGAAGAUGGGGUGGCCGGCAUCACAUCCGUCGAAGAAAUCGUGUCUGCAGUGUCGCUGCUGAACGGCGAUGCGUGUUGCAGUGGCGCGGCCGCGCUGUCCUCGGCCGGCAGCAGCUCCAGCGGCACGUGUCCGCGGCCCAAGAAGCUCCAAAGCGGCUCUUUUGGCCGCAAGGGCCGCGGACACGAAUCCUCUGGCGGCCGCCGGCUCAGCGUGGACAGGCGCUUCCUGCAGUCGGGCCGCCUCGAGAGGGUCAUGCUGCACUGGAAUCUCAGAGACGCCACCGUCACCUCUGAAGACUGGAUCGGCCUGUACCUGAUCGAGGAGAGCGAUCCCACCAAAUUCCUCGAAAGGCGCAGUGACGGGGUGGUGGGAAACCCUCAGGGUCAGGUCAUGUGGCUACUUGACCUAGCUCAACCUCCACUUUCACACCAACAAGAGGGCGCAAAGCUGUGCUUCCGCUACUACAGUGCAAUAAAGACCGCAUGUCUAGCGGCGUCUGAGCCGCUGACGCUGCUGGGUCGCGAGGCGUGCACUGCUCUGGCCGCCGACCACCAAUUCCUACCCUCUGAAAGCUCUGACGAAGAGGGUUGCGCCCUUCUCCAGGCUGCAGACCCUUCCACUGACGUUUCUUUUAUCGACCAGUCUUCUCAGGUCCACUUCAGAAUCUCUUGCAUAGCUGCUCGAAGUCUUCGACACAGCGUGUUCUUCAACCCCGACCCCUACGUCAAGCUGCGGAUCAGGCCGGGCAGCUGCGAGGAGGAAGACUCGGGCGUGAGCAUGUUGUUGCCGCACCACGGCCAGGAAAGCAGAACUUCGGUCCGAGAGGCCACCACGCACCCCUCGUGGGAAUCUCAAGCUUUUCUCUUCACCGCUCUUCCUCAGGACAUGUUGGACAUAGAAAUCAAAGAUAAAUUCUCCAAGUCCAGACCUUUGGUCAAUAGAUACUUAGGUCGGGUUAGUGUGCCGGUGCGAACUAUUCAGGAGAGAGCUCAAAAUUGCCCUGCUCAGUUCAAACUGCCUUUGAAUUCUCCCGACAGCUCGCAGGGCCUGGUGUUCUUCACCGUGUCCCUGGAGCCGGCGCAGGCACCGUGCAGCCUCUUCCAGGAGGACUGCGACCACAUCCACUUCUUGCCGCUGGCCUUCUCCGCCUUGGACCAGGACGAGGGACUCGCCGGCAGUCUCAAAAAGAAGGUCUCGCGACGCAACUGCGCCAACGGCAAGAAUCCCUUCUCAGGGCGCAAGGAGCUCGAGGACAUCCUGCGCAUCAAGGGCUUCAGCUCGGAAAGCGAGUCCGAGCCCGAAGCGAAUUUCCACAUGAAAAAGAAGUUGCUGCAUCGCAAUCUCACGCCCAAGAGACUGAGCAACGGCAUCGGUGCUGCAACUGCCGAGGAUUCUGGCUCCGACUCUGCUAAAGAUCAGGUGACAUGGAAUUCUCACAACUGCGGUCGUGGUGGGUCAGAAGCCGAGGAAGAGGCGCCGGCCAAAGGCGAUUAUUACCCAAUCUGGCAGCAGCCGCCCAAGGCCCCCUCCGAGUCCAUCUACGAGACGCUUUACCCGAAAGGAGAGCCCCUGCCACCACCUUUGCCACCAAGGGCGUCCAAACCGUCCAUGCCUGCUCAAAAACGCCCCGCAACGCUGGCCCAUCGUCCGCUGGAGCGCAGCAAGGCGCUGCAGUUCAGCGAAGAGGCAGCCCCACCCAUAGUUCCUCGGCACCAGAAGCCCCCGAAAAGCUCACCCACGGUGCCCGAAGUGCCGCCUCGGCCGCAGAAACUAGUCAACCCUGAGGACGCGUUUGCCUUUGAGAUCAUCGAUGUUGAUGAGGUCUCCUCUAGUCAGCCCAACCCGCAACCGCAGGCCGUCCCCGAUGACUGUGAUAGCAGACUGGCGCCCCCGGAGGCAGCGCCGCUUGCCACCCCCGAACAGGACAGCAGUCUGGUCGACUGCCCGUCCAUUGAAGAGGAGCAUCAGCCCGCUCAGGCAGACCCCCCGGCCGGAGACGGUCUGCUGGCCGUCCCCGAGACCUCCACUAACGCCAUCAGCCCCAUUUCUCCCAUCACCCCCAACUCGGACACAGCCGUGACCUCGAGCGGCUCCGACACGGUCGUUUUGAGCAACCGAAGCUCAAGCUCAGAAUCUCUGGCUUCGGCCGAUUUCAUCGAAGUCACCCUGCCCGAGCCGGGGGCGGCCUCGGCCACCCCCACGCGGCCUCACCGCCCUCUUUCGAGGCAAACGACGCAUCCGCCGUCCAUCCACGACUUUUUCCCGAAACCCAAGAACAAGUUGUUGGCCAGGGUGGCAAGUCCUUUGCCGGGCUCCUCGCCCCAGUGUCCCCCCACCCCUACACACCACGCCCGGAGAAACGCCAGGGCCACCCCUCCACCCUUGCUGUCGGACCGGGACACUGACGAAGGGCCGGAGUGUGAACUGGAGCUUGACGAACCUCCGCCGAUCUGCAUGCCGCAGAGCAUGGCCGCAAGACACGUCACCACCACAAGACUGCCUUCGAUUCCUGAAAGGAACUACAAAAGCCAAAGGGUCGAAUUGUCAGCUGACGAUGAACCAUUGCCAGCUUUUUGGGAGGCAAGGAUCGACAGCCAUGGCAGAAUCUUCUACAUCGACCAUGUGAACAGAACAACAACGUGGCAGAGACCCUCGUUGACCGCGGCCAGUCGAGCCCGCUCGUCCAGCAACGACCUGCAGCGGCAGCAACUGGACCGCCGCUACCAGAGCAUCCGUCGAACAAUCACCUCGCGCCGCUUGGACGUCGAGGACUUUGGCGCCAACUCGGCCGAGGGAACCAGCAAUACCACGACGCCCCCACUUCCCGAGCGACAAGAUCAAAUUCUGCAAGUUCCUGCCGUCAAAUUCAUCGCCCGUCCAGACUUUUUCUCCAUACUGCACAUGAAUGAGGAGGCCUUCAACCUGUACAACAGAAGCGGAACCCUGAAGCACAUGGUAACCAAGAUCAGGAGGGAUGGACACGCUUUCGAGAGGUACCAGCACAACCGUGAUCUGGUCACGAUGCUCAACAUGUUUGCCGACACUGAACGUGACCUGCCGAGAGGCUGGGAGACCAAGUUUGACAGAAACGGAAAGCAAUUCUUCAUUGACCACACUUUAAAAACUACAACUUUCAUUGAUCCUCGUGUACCUGUGGAGGCUCCGUAUGUUAAUCCACACAAGUUGCUCCUCCCUGGGGCAAGACGAAGAAGCCGAAGCGCAGGAGAAGAGGAACUUAGCCAGGCCCGGGCUCCCAUUCCGCCUCCCCGUCCGUUGAACAGCAACACGGCCCUGGUGCAGCGAAUCAUGCCCGAGAUCCCGACCGCGUACAACGAAAAGGUGGUCGCCUUCCUCAGGCAGGCCAACAUCAUGGACAUCCUGAAGGAAAGACACGCGGCCAUCGGCACAAGCCAGAGUCUCAGGGACAAGGUCAACGCCAUCAGGGUGGACGGCACUCUCGCCCUCGACAGACUCAGCGACGACAUCGACCUCACAAUCUUGCUAAGCCUGUUUGAGCAGGAGAUAAUGUCGUACGUGCCAGCCAUGCCCGCCGCCGGCCGCUCCCCGAGAGGCUCACCCCAGAUUUCUCCGCAGGCCUCGCCAGGUCUGUCGCGAGCAAACGCCAGGGCUCCGGCCCCCUACCGAAGAGACUUCGAGGCCAAGCUGCGCAAUUUUUACCGCAAACUCGAGUCCAAAGGCUACGGCCAGGGUCCAGGAAAGCUCAAGCUUCACAUUCGUCGGGAGCACCUGCUUGAAGACGCGUUCAACAAAAUCAUGGCCGCGUCCAAGAAGGACCUGCAGAAGUCCAAGUUGUACAUCACCUUCGACAGGGAAGAGGGUCUCGACUACGGCGGUCCGUCCAGGGAGUUCUUCUUCCUGCUCUCCCGGGAGCUCUUCAACCCCUACUAUGGACUUUUCGAAUACUCGGCCAAUGACACGUACACCGUCCAGGUGUCUCCCGUCUCGGCCUUCGUUGACAACCAUCACGAGUGGUUCCGUUUUAGUGGCCGCGUUUUAGGCCUGGCCCUGGUGCAUCAGUACCUGCUGGACGCUUUUUUCACUCGCCCCUUCUACAAAGCACUGCUUCGAUUGCCAGUUUCUUUGAGUGACCUGGAGUCUCUGGACCACGAAUUCCACCAAAGUUUGCUUUGGAUCAAAGAGAACGACAUCACGGACUUGCUGGAUCUCAAUUUUGCCGUCACUGAGGAGGUUUUUGGCCAGAUCGUGGAACGAGAACUGAAACUCGGAGGAAACAAUAUCAGAGUCACGGAAAAGAACAAAAAAGAAUAUUUGGAAAGGAUAGUUCGGUGGCGCUUGGAAAGAGGAGUUGCCGAGCAAACUGAGUCCUUGGUUCGGGGCUUCUAUGAAGUUGUAGACCCUCGAUUGGUCUCAGUUUUCGACGCUCGCGAACUGGAGCUUGUAAUUGCAGGCACCGCAGAAAUUGACCUUUCAGACUGGCGCAAAAACACAGAAUACAGAUCAGGCUACCACGACAACCACCCAGUGAUCCAGUGGUUCUGGCUCGCCAUCGAAAAGUUCAGCAACGAGCAACGCUUGCGACUUUUGCAGUUUGUCACGGGGACGUCGAGCAUUCCUUAUGAAGGGUUUGCCGCCCUAAGGGGAAGCACUGGUCCCAGAAAGUUCUGCAUAGAAAAGUGGGGAAAGCCCAAUAGUCUCCCGAGGGCCCACACCUGCUUCAAUCGGUUAGACUUGCCUCCGUACCCAACCCCUGAGCUGCUCUACGAAAAGCUGCUGUUAGCCGUGGAGGAGACGAGCACCUUUGGCAUCGAGUGAAGAGAAAUUAAUAAUCGAUUCCAUUAUGCUUUUGGAAUGAAUCCAGUGCGCUAUUCAAAUUUUGCACUUCUUAUUCCAAUCUAAAGUUCAUUCAGUACACAAUCACACUCGCAACACACACAGACACGCCUGCUUACAAAAUAAUUAAUUAUUAGAGGUAUUGAAUUUUUUUAUAUACCCAUUGUGAUUUUGUGGUCUAGUCAGUUGGGCAUCUCAACAUUGUUUUUGCCACGCGUUGUAUAACUUAUUUGAUGCCCCCACAAUCUUGUAAAUAAUAAAUCAUUUCUGUUCUCCAAAGA